AAAUUAUGCGAAGCGGGUUGAAAUCUACCCAUAUGCUUUCUUCCGGUCGGGACAAAGUCUCUCUCUCUCUCUCUCCCCAUUCCGUUCCAAUUCCGUCUCCUUUAACACACUGAUGAAAGGCAUUCGUAGAUUGCUGCUUCUUUGACCCAAAAUCGUUGGACUCUCAGGCUCGGAAACAUGGCGAUGCAAACUGGGAUUGCGACCUCCAAAGUUCUAGUCCUCGUCGGAGCAGGUUUGACUGGUUCAGUUAUUUUGAGGAGUGGGCAAUUGUCUGAUCUCAUUUCCCAGCUUUUGGAGCUAAUAAAGGGUGUAAAUGAAGCUGAAAUCUCACCUGAAAAGUAUGAUAGUGCACUUCUUGCAGCUCAGAUUCGACAAUUGGCACAAGAGAUCAGGGAACUAACUGCAGCCCGUCCUAUAACUAUUUUCAAUGGAAACUCUACCUCCACUGGGAGUUUUGCUUCUUAUUUGCUUCCGGCUGCUGCACUUGGAGCUAUGGGAUAUUGUUACAUGUGGUGGAAGGGCUGGUCCAUAUCCGAUGUUAUGUUCGUAACAAAGCAUAAUAUGGCAAAUGCUGUUGCAACUGUAUCAAAACAGCUAGAGCAUGUGACUGAAGCAUUGUCUUCCACAAGAAGGCAUUUGACAAAAGGACUGGAAAACCUGGAUUGGAAGCUGGAUGAGCAGAAGGAAACAUCUAAGCUCAUUGCAAAUGAUGUAAUUGAGGUGAGAUCAGACCUCAGUCAAAUUGGUUAUGAUAUUGAAAUAAUCCAUCAGAUGGUGAAUGGGUUGGAGGGAAAGAUCGAGCUUCUUGAAAACAAGCAGGAUAUGACUAAUUCUGGUCUGUGGUAUCUUUGCCAAGUAGCUGGAGGCAUCAAAGAUGGGCCAAGUACUAACGUUUUAAAGGAUGUUGAGGCCAAGUUAACAGACAAUUCAAAAUUGACAGUCGAAGGGAAAUCGCUGAAGGGGCUCCAGUUCAUAGUUGAAUCAAAUGAGCCAAGUCCAGUAGAGAAACCAAACAAAAUUAUUGAUGCCACAAACAAUCCUGCCAAAGGUAUUUCAACCAUGAAAACAAGAAUUCACAGGUCCUAUCCAGUUGGAAUUGCUGCGGCUCGGGAUUUCUUGGGUGCAGGCAUGUGAUUUUUGUUAUAAACUCAAAGUAUAAGCCCGGGCUAUCAAUUUCGGGAAGCGGUGUUCCCCCAAUACAAUUUUUGUUAUAAAACGACACAUACACAUGUUGAGCCUCAAUCUGGCUACGUGGGAUCGACUAAUCUCUUAUUCUGUAUGAUUGUUGAAAAGUAGCAUGUAUUGGUUUCAGCUGUACAACCAUCUGGGGACUAUGGUGGUUGAGCUUGAUUUGUUCAUCUCAUUUCUAUAAAAUAUGGGUGUAUUCAAAUAAGGACUCUUAUUCUCUUUGUUUCUGUUAGUGCUUGAUUGUCAUUAACUGUAGAACUUUUGUUCCCGUGAGAAGGUACUUCUGAGUAAUACAUUGUGAAUGCAUUGAUUGAUU